AAACCCUAGCCAUUUUCUGCAACGACUUGUUCUCAUUCCAGACCUCUCUCGCAUCGCCCUCAACAGCGGCGGAUAGAUUCGCGGGCAAGGAAGGAAGGUAAGGAAGAAUGGCGACUCCCGGCGAACUCAUGAAGGCUUGCACUGUGAAGGAUGUAUCUCCUCACGAGUUCGUCAAGGCCUAUGCCGCUCACCUAAAGCGGUCUGGCAAGAUAGAGCUGCCCCCAUGGACAGAUAUUGUCAAGACUGGUAAAUUGAAGGAGCUUGCACCAUAUGAUCCCGACUGGUAUUACAUUAGAGCUGCCUCAAUGGCAAGGAAGGUGUACCUGAGGGGAGGACUGGGCGUGGGAGCUUUCCGAAGAAUCUACGGUGGAAGCAAAAGGAAUGGAAGUCGACCGCCCCAUUUCUGCAAAAGCAGUGGUGCUAUUGCCAGACAUAUUCUUAGUGAACUGCAGAAGUUGAACAUUGUUGAAGUUGUUCCCACUGGUGGAAGGAGAAUCACCUCAAAUGGACAGCGGGAUCUCGACCAAGUUGCUGGACGGAUUAUUGUUGCCCCUUGAUGAGUGAGUAGGUGCGAGGGCAAAUCAUGCCAAGGGUUUGCUGUGGGCAAUUUUUGUUGGGAUAUAUAGUGUAGGCCUUUACCUAGUGGUCAUUGUCUUUCAAAGAUGUGCACUGAAUCCAGGUAACUAUCAAGCAUUAAGCAGGUUUUCACCAAUUUCAUCGGUUUAUGUAUUGUCGAGGCUGUACAUUGUGUCCAAUUUCUUCUAUCUCCUUUUCUUGAUGUUUUUCAUAUUAUGUCCGAUGUUUUGCCAGAGGAACUUUGUUGAUUUGGAUGAACUGGGUCUACCUCAAUAUAAUUUUAGUGAGGGUGUGGAGUUGCCUUGCACCAACUUGCCGUAGCUUGAUUGGACAUGGAUCUUGUUCUUAGAUUCUCUGCUUCUAGAGAAGACGGGAGUAAGGACAAUCUCAGCACAUUCAAACUAUAGCAAUUUGCAAAAAUCUAUCCUUAAUCUUGGUUUUUUUUAUCCCGCUAAACUACCAAAAACAUGUAACAACUCAUUCAAAACAUGUAAUAAACAUAACCAUUUGUC